AAUUUCCUGCCGCUACUCUUGAAUCGUGAUGCCAGUAGUACAUCCAAUGCCAUAUACUGACAAAUAAACGACCGAUCAAUCAAAAUAUGGUAUCAGACAUGUUAAAGGACCACAACAUUUUAGAAAUAUAGUUAUCAAAUAAUAAACUAUUUUUUAUAAAUGCUCUACUUAAAAAAGAUAAAUUUUUAAAAACCCUACAUUCAAAAGUUCUACUAGGGCCUAAACUGGGUUAACCCGUAGGCUAUAUUUGUUGUGUCCAACGGUCCCAAGUCCAAUUGGCCCCUAAAGAUAAUUCAUAAACCCUCCCCCUCGCUUUUUUUUACUUCUCCCGUGUGUAACGCUCCCUAUGCCCUUCGCCUCAAAAUAGAGAGCAGAAGAGAAGGAAAAAAAAAGAAAAAUCCAGGGAGGGAAAAAUUCCCCUCUCCCUUCGCUCUCAGCAAAUGCCUGGCUGAUGGAUUACAAACUCCCGCAGGCGCACCAGAGUGGCCACAACCUCUCUGCGGCGGCGGCGUCGGCGUCGGCGGCGGCGGCGGCGCACCAUCCCCAACCCUACAUCGGCCCCUCCUACUCAUACCUAUCAAACCCUAACCCUGACCCAUAUCCAACCGUCGGGCACGAUAAUUCCGCCCCCUCUGCCGAUCUCAGGGUCCUCCGUCCUCCGGGCGUGGACCCCUAUGCUGCGCAUGAUGGCGGUUAUGAGGGCUACCUCACCGGAUCUUACCCCUACAUCCAGGCGCCGGUGGCGGCCGGCGGGGUGGGUUUAACGUCGUACUAUUAUGGCCCCGGAGGAGGGGAGGCGCAUACUAGCUAUGGAGCUAUAUGGAAGGCUGUCAGUACCAAGAAAACCUUUGAAGAUUUGGAGACAAAGAAACAGAAGCUUAUUCAGGGAGGUGCCGCAGCUGACUCUGUCAGAGUUUGCACGGUGUGCAAUGUCGUCUGCAAUAGUGACACAGUUUUUGCUUCACAUCUUUCCGGAGAAAAGCAUGCCAUGAAGGCACUAGGAAGAAGUUCCAGUGGGCUGGCCUCCAUCCCUGUGAAACCCGUAAAUUGGACUAACAAAGUAGCACAAAUGGCAUUUAAAAGUGCAAUAAGCAAGGGCUUGAAAAUGGCUCCCAAGGUUGUCAAAUCUGUGUAUUGUGAGGUUUGUAAAAUUGAUUGUAACAGCCAAGAAGUUCUCAACAGCCACAAACUGGGCAAGAAACAUAUGCGAAACUUGCAGAAGCUGCAGGAGUCCAUCACACCAAAGCCCAUGAAUGCUCCAGUGAUGACUGCUGGGAAGGAAAAUGUGGUGACUGACAAAGAUAAAGUUGUAGAUGCACAAAUCAAGAGAAAGGUAGUCCCAGCAUCCAAGCAGGAUUUGGAGACAAAGAAAAGAAAGGUCUUGGAAGGAGGAGCAACUGCAGCUGCAGUUAGAGUUUGCUCUCUUUGCAAUGUUGUUUGCAACAGCCAGAAAGUCUUUGAUUUACAUGUUGCAGGGCAGAAACACCUUGCUAUGGUAAAGAAACAACAGGAGGCAACUUUUAGCUAGGUUCAGUCUGGAUAGUGAAAGGCACAAUCUCGACUCUUGGGGAUUGUUAUUUUCUUUAAUGGUUCAUCAAACCAUAUUCUAAACCCCUUUUAGGUCAUGAUCCCAUUCAGGCUACCAGAUAUGAAAGACAAGUUGAAUUCAGUUUCCACCAGGCCAUUGGGUGUUGGAACCUGCAGCUAAUAGUUUGCCGCAUGAUACUUGUAAAGUUUCUUUGGAAUAUGAGUUUUCAAGGGAAAUGUCAAUUGAAAACAUGUAUGUCUAAGAAUGUUGUCUCACAUUCUGGUUUUCAUGUUGCAUUUCAAACACUUACUUUUGAAUUAGGCUCGACACUGUCAGAUAUGCUUUAAGGUCCAGAAUUCAGGUUUAAGAUCAUUGUAGAUCGCAUGGUGCCCUAUUUCUUCCAUUUUUUC